AAACAUUAAUCUUUGUCCGAAAUAUAACUAAUAAACAAUAAAAUAAAGAAAGAGCUAAAUAAUCAAAAUUAUUAUCGUUUUGUUGUGGUUCUGAGACUUCUGAGAACAUCUACGUUACGUGUGCCGUCGCCCACCCAGAGAAAACAAGAUGAUAUACAACGAACAUGGUUUUGCCGUCGCCCUUUGAAGAUCUAUUCUUGGAUUGGUUUUGUUGUUUUUUGGAAAACUAUUGUAGUAGUGGGGCAGCAACUAGAUAUUUCGGUUCACCGUUGAUUUCAUUCAUCAUUUUACACGAGCCUAAAAGUAGCGCACUCCACACUGAACACGUGAGAUGAAGAUUAAGGAAAACAUAACGUGAAACCAAAAACCUUGGGGAAAGGAAAACUAACUAAUGCGAAUAGUGUAAUAAUUAAUUAUUAAAAAAAAUUAAAUAACAACAAGUGAUUGUUGCAAUAAAACGAUAAAAAUGAAUGGUACUGUCAAAUUGAGCCCUAAUUAUGUAUUACCAAUUAUAUUUGGUGUAGGAGCAGUGGUAGUCCUUACAUCAGUUUUAGCCCACCUUGUAUGGGGCAGAAAGACAACAAAGAGACCAAUAAAAAGUAAUAAGCCCCCUAUAACUUUAGUGGACUCAAACGUAAAAUAUCCAUUGCCAUUGAUAGAACGUGAGGAAAUCAGCCAUGACACAAGAAGGUUCCGAUUUGGAUUGCCCACACCAGAACAUGUUUUAGGACUGCCGAUUGGCCAGCACAUACAUUUAUCAGUCAAGAUAGAUGAUGACCUUGUUAUCAGGGCAUACACUCCGGUGUCCAGUGAUGAGGAAAAAGGUUAUGUUGACUUGGUCAUUAAGGUAUAUUUCAGAAAUGUCCACCCAAAGUUUCCCGAGGGCGGUAAAAUGUCGCAACACUUGGAAAGCAUGAAGCUUGGCGACACCAUAGACGUGCGAGGGCCGUCUGGUAGACUUCAAUAUGCUAACAAUGGCGUUUUCAUGAUAAAGAAACUUAGAAAAGAUCCACCAGUUAGAAUAGUGGCCAAGAAACUCAAUAUGAUUGCAGGUGGCACAGGUGUUGCGCCGAUGUUGCAACUCAUAAGGCACAUAUGCACUGAUCCCUCGGACAAGACUGAGAUGAGACUGCUGUUUGCCAAUCAAUCCGAACAAGAUAUCCUCGUGAGGCCCGAGCUGGAGAAGUACCAGAGAGAGCACCCGGAGCAGUUCUCACUGUGGUACACCGUUGAUAGAGCCACUGAAGGUUGGCAAUACAGCACAGGAUUCAUCAACGACGAGAUGAUCAAGAACCACCUGUUCCCGCCCGCCGAUGACGUCAUCGUGCUCAUGUGCGGACCUCCGCCUAUGAUCAACUUCGCGUGCAACCCCGCCUUAGAUAAACUGGGUUACCCGGAGGAUAUGCGCUUUGCCUACUAGUUCACAAGUAAAACCCAAAAAAUAAUAAAAGUUAACUAUUACUUUGGUAAUUUACAAUAUUUUUUUAACUAAUAAGCAAGGAAUAAGUACAAGGUGGUAGUACUUACCCAGACGAGCACAAAAAGCUCUACUACCAGUCAUCUGUUAUUGCAUCCGCUAUGCUGCUUAAAGGUGCGGGGCGGUUCUAAUGAGUUAUGACCUUAAAACAUCAUAUGCGAGCACACUCGCUAGGAACAAGUUAUUAUAGUGCUAUUCUGUAUCGAUUUUUUUGUGCCUCGAUGUAAGUUUAGAAUUCGUUUCUAUCUAUGUCUAACACAAAACUAAUAGAUAGACAGAUUCAAAGCUCACACUAUUUGUGUUAUAAAAUCAUAAUAACAAAUCUCCAGCAGGCUAAUUCACUAUCUUUGUAUACUCAUUGACAUAUCCGAAAUACCUACUGGUGGAUAUCAUACAGUAGGUAGAUGUCAUUUCUCAGUUGAGUUGGUGUUUAUUUUAAGAAGUUAAUAAUUCUGACCAAAAUAGUGAAUAGGCCAGUGUGCAGGGUGCCACAUAGCUUUUAUGAGCCGUGACAUUUAACCGACUUCCAAAAAGAAGGUUUUCAAUUUGAAAAUGUGAUUUACAUUCCGUUAUAAACGUCAUUCAGCACAACAUUAAAACUUACAAAUAUAAAAGUUUGACAAUAAUUUUUGAACCAGGAUUUGGCUUGAUUAUUUAUUAUUCGAAAAUUAUAAACUGAUUGUAGGUAGACAAUUUUGUAUUUUUGUACAUUUACUUGUAUCUACAUGCGUUUUAGUUUUAAGGUUAUUGAAUCUUUGAGUUGUAUGUAGUGGUAGGUGUUUUGUAAGACAAUAAACUGUUAUAUUAUUAAAA